UCUUAAGAUUAUUUUAUUGAAAACAAAGAAUGAUGGCUGAUUCAGCUCACAUACAUAUUGAAUUCAGCAAUAAUUGUAUUUUUUAAAUACACAUCCUGACAGGCACUAUGGUAGAUAAUAAUGAAUCAGCAUGGGAGCCAUUUAAUAUACUUCUUGAUUAACUCAUUGCCUGUCCAGUUCAUAUGCAGACAUGCUUACAUGUCAUAAUCGUCAUAAUUCCCAUCAUCCCCACCGCUACCACUCCAGUGCCUUGAUUAGUGCACAACUCCCAGACGAGCCAUUGCUAAUGCUAAAUAAUUCUCUUCAGCCUCCUGCUACUAUUCUGCAGGAUCUCCAAUUAAAUAUAAUGUCCCUGAUGAGCCAUAUUAAUGUGAACAAAUUCCUACCAGGGAUCCUAUCAUACUCCAUUUUGCCCAAAAAUGCAGAGAAGGUAAUUUAGCCAAGCCAAAGAUAAUCAAAACGUUUAAAAUUGAGAGUAUAUUAUUUCUGUAAAAUAAGCUUUUCCAAUGACACUAAUAGCAGAAAAGAAAAUGUGUUAACUUCCUAAAUGCGUUCUUCUCCUGAUUAGCUCUUCACAGAAAAGUCUAAUGGUUUAAAUUUGUCUAAAGACAUGUUGAAUUCUUAGUCUUUAGCUUCACUAGAAGACAAACUUUUAAGUUUGAAAUCUUUCCCGUGGCAGAGUCUGGUAGUGUCAAUGAACAGAAAUGAUACCUCACAAGGGGAAGGAAAAGAAGGAAGAACAAGUUAUCAGGGGCUGGGGAUAUAGCCUAGUGGCAAAAGUGCCUGAAGGAGAAAAUGUAUUUGGUGUCUGCCACAUUUUGGCAUCCUUCAAUGACACCUUUGUCUAUGUCACUGAUCUUUCUGGCAAGACCAAGACCCCUGGACCUGGAGCCCAGGCAGCCCUCAGAGCCACUGGUCACUCAGGUAUUAAGACUGGGAGGAUUGAGGAUGUCACCGUCAUCCCCACCUACAGCACCCACAAAAAGAGAGGCUAUGGACUCCUCAAGUUAUUUUCUGUUAAUGAACUGCCUUUCUGUAAGGCAAUUUUAAAAACCCUUUGAGAGCCGGGCACCUGCUGGCUCAGCCUAUAAUCCUAACUACUCAGGUUGACUCUACUAGGCCAACAGUACUACUCAGGUUUUGGUUAAAUACACUGGGAUAUUUCUGUGAAGGUAUUUUUAGAUGAGAUCAGUAGACUUUAGCCAGGGUCAGUGGCUCACACCUAUAAUCCUAACUACUCAGGAAACUGAGGUAUGUGUAAUUACAGUUCA